AUGUUCACGAGCCCAUACACAUACCAAGAUGAGCACAUCAAGAAGGAAACAGUCGGUUCUCAUCUGAAGUCAAAGCCCAUCAUACUCGUCUUGCUCAAGGAGUGGUUGGAAGAGAACAAGCUUCCACUCCCUCAAUACACCCGUCCUCGUUCCUACGAUACUCCUGGCAAAAUGGGCAAGGUAUCGCAAAUAGAGAGUUACUUGAGUACCGCAACCUUCGAGCGAAUGGAUCGCGAGUGCGCUCAAAGAGACCCAUCUGGUGCUAUCGAUCUUUCGGGUAAGUAGUAGCUAUUGUUUCCUUUCAAUGUAUUUUGGAAUAUCACUGACCGCCCACAAGUCCUUGACCUUCGUUCUCGGACCUCUUCAAGCGCGAUGAGCUCUGAGACCAAGGGAAAUGACAAUAUCGAAGCCCAAACUGGUCAACACUCUUCUAACGAAUGGAGCUCCCCGACAAACCCGGUCAAAUCAUUCCCUGCACCCGACGGCAUUGAGGUUCACAAGGGAAGACACGCUGUUGCGAGACCUGGAAUCGUUCCCUUUGCGGAUCCUUUCGAAUAUACCAAGAGCCAAAACGGUGAAGCGAAACGCCACGGAUUUCCGCCAUUCUUUCCAAGUUCUGGCGCUCCUCUUGGAUCUGGAGGGUUUUCUUAUAAAUUGCUCAACGAUGGCCGUCGACCAAAUGGCAUAGGCUUCGGGUAUCCACCUAGAUUUCAACGCUCUGCCGAUCACCCGGAGACGAAGUUGACACUUCGCGGACGAGUGCCCCCAAGACAAGCAUCCCAAAUUCCCGAAACACCUCCAACUGCGCCCCAUCAACUCGAUCAAUGUACUCGAUUGCGCCCCUCAGAUAUGAUUUGGAGAGAACAUGGAUUGAUGGCACCAAAGGAACAUCCUAUUGGCGAGAAUCACGAUAUUCCAGACGAGGAAAAUUGCAGUUUAUGGAUUACAAAGGUACCCGCAACUGUCACGGAACGAGACUUCUUCGAAUUGAUCACAUGUGGUGCGGUUCACACCCUACACCUUUAUCCACCAACUUCCGAUAUCGAUACCAAGGGUGCGAAGUUGAUUUUCAAAGAGCCUUCCAGCGCAGCCAAAUUCAUGCAGGACCACGCUCAGAAUCCCGUACAUCUUCAUGGACAUGGUAUCACCAUCGAGUACAACCGUAAUGGUGUUCGUCGAUGCGAAGAGGAGAAGACCAGAGUCCUCCGCAUCCAAGGGCCUAGAAAUGAGAUGCUGACUGAGGCAUUCUGGAAUGAUUUCUUCCAUUCUUUUUGCCGCUGCAAAUUUGACUUUGCUUAUCCCCCAUCGAAAAUUCCAGGAGAGGCUAUCAUGGACAUCAGAUUCUCUCGGAUUGUCGGUCAGUCACAGAUGGCCAUGCUAGGCUUUCAUCGAGGCCACACUCGUUAUCCAAAGCUUCGGGUAUCCUACGGUCCUGACCCAUGUGACGGAUCCCAAAUUCUAGCUUUGUAGCUGGCACUGAAAGCAAUACCUUAAGAAUUGGUCCAUAGACGUGUGUAUGUGGAGAGGAAGCAUUCUUGAAUUGAGGAAUCCAAGAAUAGUCUUUUCAAGUAGGUGUUGAGGAGGAGCGUUCUUUUGUAAUCUCUUUUUGAUACCCUUGAUAGUUGUGUUAUGGCCAAUAUGAGAAGUGGCUGGGCGUUUCCCUUAUUGUUCUUUAUCCUGAUAGUAAUGAAAUAUCAAUAAAACUUUGUUCUUUUUCAGAGAGGUAGAACUGUGAUUUGUGACGAGUAUGACAUGCAUAGUAAGCAAAAAUGAGAGAAAGUGCACUGUUUCCAAACGACAGAUGAGCAAAGAAGCAAAAGAAAUAACGGCAACAUUUAGCGAGAAACACAAAAGUCUGCUAUAUAUACUGUCUCAUCAAGAACAGGAAUCGUAAACAUCACAUACCUGUAUUUUUCAUCUGAACAGAGUUCUAGAAACUAAAGGGCCCCACGAGUGUGCUUACACUCCACAAGUGAAUCCAUUCAGGUGUUUUCUCCAUGCUUCCACGAAAUAAUUACCGCAAGUAACCGGUCUUGGCAUCUCUGGUUGACCCAUCUCGUUUCCUGGUUUCUUACUUGUUACUUGUUAGUAGUAGGCACAACUCUGCAUCAUUGCAAGACUUGCCAAAAUCCCCACAACAAACCACCCCUCUGUUAUUGCAAAAGCCGACACUUUGCAACAAUACAAACUCCCUCUCCCACCCAGGCCAUAAUUCUCAUACAUCGAGAAUGGCAGGCCCUUAUAUCUUUCAAGCUCCCAAAAGUCCCUCGGGGCACGCGCAAACAAGUUUCCCUUUUGCGACAGAAGCAACUUUCACAACACCACGACAGACAUUCAUGACUUCGAACCGAGCGAGUCAAAAUCAGGCUAGAAACCAUGAGCAGAUAUAUACAAGUGGCAUGAAUACAGUGCGAAGACGACCCUUGAAUCUCGCCCCAAUCACCACGAAUCCAGAUGCAUUGCGGCGAUUGCGGAACUCGAGAUCCAGACAAGAGCCACUGACGGGAUCGACUUCGAGAUCUUCCCUGGAUACAGGAAGCAUCUCUGACGUGUCUCCUCGCACCAGUACCGGUGACUCGUCUUUAGGCGAUCACUUGAACCAAGAACCCGCGGAUUCGUUAGCUCGUCGAGCAAACAAUAGAACAGGCAAGUAUUCUGCAUACCGAGAAGUCAUAAAAUGGCUAACUCUCGAUAGAGCCUCGAGGUUACCAGAACCACCAGGAAAAUUCCGCGAGUGGUUAUGAUUGCCAAACCAUCCGUCGCAGUGAUGGUACAAAGGAAUUAUUUGAGACGGCACCAAACGUGAGAUACAGUCGACAACAAUCGAGAUGGGCGGACCUUUUUCAUACCCAAAGGGCAAGCCCGAAUCGAGGCCACGAGCAGGAAAACGCACAUACUAUGCCAGUAGCACCAGCCCGUUAUCGCAUUACGGACAGAAUGUUAAGUCCCACAGCUGUAUCCCCACAACGUCGUGGUACAGUAUCGAGACUGGAGGAUCUCUCAGAAGUCCAACAUGUGAGAGGAUUUGAAACCUUGAGACCACGCAUGGGACAGACCUCCACACGCAGCGCAAUCGACAUGCAACAUUUCGAGGAAGCUGCCACCGCGCACACCACAAACAGUUUUCCAGGUCCAUUGUCGACAAACAUGGACUUUGAUAACAACAUCAUGCCGAUGAACCCCCGUUCGGCUCCCUUCCCUCGCGGUUACAAUAAUGAAACGAUUGCGGAUUACACUUUGUAUAGCCGUGGUAAUCCUGAUAUCCGCCAGGGAAGAUUGCGCCAUACAAUUGGAGAGGAUGAUCAGAUGAUCAGCAGAUUUGAGAAUGCCACUGCUCCAUUUCAUCAACCAUCGUAUGGAAUGGCAAUGACUCCUCAAAACCCACAACCAAAACAACAAGCCAACCCAUGGGAUAGUAUGGUUAUGUGCCAGCCGGCACUCAAUCCAUCGAAUAUGCUGUUAAGAAGACAAGGCGUAUUGCCGCCAGUGCCAGCUGGAAGCAUUCAGGGCCCUCGAAGCUUGCAUCAUGGGGGACAGCUUAGCGGUGGACCCGAGGAAGAAGAGGAUAGAGUUCCGGAUAACGAGAACUGCUCCCUGUGGAUUACCAACAUGGAACCCUCUAUUACUUCACGUGAGUUUUUCCAAAUGGUCAGAUGCGGCGGCGUCUAUGCUCUCCACAUCUAUCCUCCAACAGGAGAGCACAGAACAGCAGCAGCCAAGUUGAUCUUCAAGAGACCAUCGAGCGCAGCCAUCUUCUUGCAACAUGCAAGCUCCCCAGCCGGCCUACAUCCUCAUAACCGAAGACUGAAAGUGAUGUAUAACCGAAACGGUGUUCGUGAAUACUCUGGAGACAAGACUCGUGUCCUUCGUAUUAUGGGACCCAGUCAUGAAAUGAUCUUCGGUGUUUGGGAUGCAUAUUUCAAGAACCUUUGCGUUUUCGAAUACGACGAGGUAGUCUUUCCCGAAUGCCAUAUGCAAGGCCAAUCUAUUAUCGAGUUCCGUUUCAUGAGAAUCGACGCUCAGGCCCAGAUGAUCCAGAAGGAGCUCGUCGAUAACCCUCAGCUGCAGAGGUUCAAUGCUUACUUCAGUCCUGACCCUUGUGGACGUUAA